UUCAGUUUCAGCUUUACCAUUUCUUUCCCAUGACUUUCCUCUUAUCAAGAUCAUUUAUUUCUCUCACUCUCAGACCUUCUUGUUCGAUUUCCAUGGCGAAUCUGACGAUGAACGCUAAAGCUCGCCUCAGAGGCGUUGUAUUCGAUAUGGACGGAACCCUGACGGUUCCGGUCAUCGAUUUCGCAGCAAUGUAUAGAGCUGUUCUUGGUGAAGAUGCGUACACGCGAAUCAAAGCAGAGAGUCCUACUGGAAUUGAUAUCCUGCAUCAUAUUGAGUCGUGGAGUCCUGAUAAACAGCAGAAAGCAUAUGAAAUCAUCGCCGAUUAUGAGAAACAGGGGAUUGAUAAGCUUCAAAUCAUGCCUGGUGCUGCUGAACUGUGUGGCUUUCUUGAUUCCCGAAAGAUAAAGAGAGGGCUAAUUACACGCAAUGUUCAGAAGGCAAUCGACAUCUUCCAUCAACGUUUUGAGGUUAUCUUUUCUCCAGCACUAGGCAGAGAGUUUCGUCCAUAUAAACCAAAUCCAGACCCGCUGUUACAUAUAUGCUCUACUUGGGACAUCCAACCUAAUGAAGUCAUGAUGGUUGGUGACAGCUUAAAGGAUGAUAUUGCAUGUGGGAAACGAGCUGGAGCCUUCACUUGCUUGCUAGAUGAAACUGGAAGGUAUGGACCAGAUGAUUUUUCUGUCUCCGGUCUGCAACCUGAUUUUAAGGUUGAUUCCUUGUCCAAAAUUCAGAAUCUACUGGAGACAAACUUCGACCUGAACCCGUAGUUUUCUUUUCUCCAAGUUAUUCAUCUUGUAGUUUCAGUGACCAAAGUACUGUAGUUUUCUACUCAACACAGUAUCCGUUAAUGUCAAAUCACAGAGUUUAUUUUCACUGGCUAUCUUAAGUUUCACAAUGGUGUCCCUACGCUGUUAUCUAGCAAACGUGUGUGUGAGGGUAUUAUUGUUGUCUGUUAAAUCUAAAAUUUCAGUUUAUUUA